AUGAGAUUGCAGAAAAACUUGAAGAAAGCACAUUUCAGACAAGAUACACAUUGGAGACAGAUGGAGAAACAGGGCGGAGGCGGAGAAACGGGGCAGAGGCGGAGAAAUGGGGCGGAGGCGGAGAAAUGGGGUGGAGGCGGAGAAAUGGGGCAGAGGCGGAGAAACGGGGUGGAGGCGGAGAAACGGGGCAGAGGCGGAGAAACGGGACGGAGACGGAGAAACAGGGCGGAGGCAGAGGAACGGGGUGGAGGUGGAGAAAUGGUGAGCAGAGUGCCUGCUGAAGAGACUGAGAAGUCACUGAGGAUCCAGACUGUGCGAGGCUCCAUCACAUUCUGUGCCAGUUCCUGCACAGAGCGUGAUGAGUGGCUGGCUGCCAUUGGCAGAGUGGUGGAGGAUUAUCAGAGGAUGCAGACAUUCCUGGCCCUGAGAGGGAGUGCUGAGCUUUCCCCUGAGAAGACUGAAGGUGGCCUGGGUGCCAAGCCGCCUAUGCUGAUCCCUGACUCCCGAGUGGUGGUGUGCAUGAUCUGUGCAAGUGACUUCUCCCUGACCUGGAGGCGCCAGCACUGUAACGCAUGUGGGAAGGUUGUAUGUCGGACAUGCUCCAGGAACAAGUAUCCACUCAGGUAUCUCAAAGGCAGGAUGGCCAGAGUGUGUGACCAAUGCCACAGGGAGCUAAAGAGGAAAGAAUUGAUGACAGUUAAUGAAAGAUCUCCAUCAUUACUGACUCGCUCACCAGGCAGUGCCCUCUCUUCAAUGUUCCACAUGAUCCACACACCCUCUAUUCGCAAACAGAAGAAGAUACCCUCAGCACUGAAAGAGGUUGGAGCUUCCUCAGAGGGAGUUUUGAUGAGUGGAUAUCUCUUGAGGUGUAAGAGGAACAAGAGGCACUGGAAGAAAUUCUGGUUCGUCAUUCAUGAGAAGGUGCUGUACACAUACGGAGCCAGAGGGAACGAGGCUGCUGCAGAGAGCUUGCCUCUAUUGGGCUUCACUAUCAAGGGAUCGAAGGAUGAUGACCCCCCCGGACCCAAUGUGCUGUUCCAACUUUACCACAAGAACAUCCUUUACUAUUCCUUCAAAGCUGAGGACACCCAUACAGCACAAAGAUGGAUUGAAGCUAUGUUUGAAGCCUCCAUAUUAUAGCAUCCGUGGGUCCUCACCAUGUGAGAUAUUCCUUUUUUUGCUCUGUCCUCCAGUGGGUGUGCGAGGAGGUCAUCUUGAUUUGCUACUAUAAGAUAUUCCUCGCAGCACAAGACAGUUAAAGGGAAGUUUUUGGUUGUAUUCCACUCCAAGUGCUCUCAAUCAUUCACGUCCAGCAUUCCACACAAAUUGCCAAUUUUUCUUCCAAUUUUAUCAUAAUUAAACAAGUUGCUCCUCUUCCAACAGCCACUGCAACAAGUUCUCCCUACUCUGGAAUAUUGGGAGCAGCAAGUGACUCCAAUGCAGCCGGAACACUGGGAAAUGAAAAUACCAGCCAUCUGAUUUAAAAUGUUCCUUUUGGGUAUUUGAGGUUCCCUUGAAUAGCAAACCAGUCCCUGAUUGAUCAGGCUCAUGGUGAAGGAGGAAUAGGGUUGUGUUGGGGUGGAGUUGGUGUCAGUGCAUUGCAGUCAAGAUCAGGCUGCAGCAAUAGGUGUCAGUCACUUCCAAGUUGGGAUUCCUCUUGAACCCGAGUCAAUGCUGUUAAACAAUCCAGCUUCAGUAAUGCUCAGCACCCACUAUAUAGAGCUGAGCUGGACUGGUUUGGCUCAUUCUUUUUCAUUGGGUUUAUUGAGCUGUCUUGGCAGCAAGACAGAAAUGUAAUCUUUUGCUUGCUGGACGAACAGGACUUAUGAUUGUCUGAUAUAAAUGAGGUUUAAGGGCCAUCCAUGUGUACAAAACCUGGCAAUCUUCCUGCCCCAUCAUUGUGUAUUGAAACUGCAGCAAGGGUCCUCUUUGGGACUGCACUCGGACAGACCUGCUGCCAGGAGGCUGAGUCUGACCUUGGAGGAUGGGGUCUGACUGCUCACUGAAGGUGGGCUGAGCCUCAGGGCUGUAGGCAUCUCAAUGACUUGAAAAGGGUUCUUUAUGGUUUGUUAGUCAUUGUAAAACAAUAGUGCCUGAACUAGAACUAAUUUCACUGGAACUGAAUAAAGUAUACUAUAGAAACUUGGAAUUCAAAUAA